AUGGUUGUGGCAAUUCGUUUAGCACUGCAUGGUUGUCGUCAUCGACCUUUUUACCAUAUAGUUGUUGCUAAUAAAAGGAGUAAGAGGAAUGGACUCCCACUUGAGCAGGUUGGUUCAUUCGAUCCAUUACCUAAUAGAAGCAAUGAGAAAUUGGUUGCUUUAAAUAUUGAGCGUAUAAAGUAUUGGCUAGGUGUCGGAGCUCAACCUACUAAACCAGUUACAGCUCUUCUCGCCAUGGCUGGAAUAUUACCGAUACAUCCUAGAAUAGAAUACGAAGCCACUAGAAGGUUAAAGAUGAAAGAAAGUAAUAAAAAUACUGAAGCAUCGGAAGACACUACUGCUUAA